UCACUUCAUGUAUUAUUUUCGUAGACAGAUUUUGGGCUGAGUAAAUCCUCUCCCGUAGCCUCUUCCUCUGUGCUACAAUGUUGCAACACGUGACAGUUGGACACCGCAAAACAAAACAAAUAUGGCGGCUGACCGCUCAAGAACUGCAAUUCGAUUCGAGUGUCUCUAAGAAUAUGACCACCAUGGACACAAAACAGAUCACUCAUCAUGCUCUUCAAAUGGACAAAUUUAACAGGGCGGGUAACUAUGGCAACAUUAUGCCUCUCCUGACCGCCCUUGAUAAUGCCUGUGUGACUUGUGAGCAGCUGCAAGGCACAGACAUCGUCAGGGUCCUUUACAGACUCCUCAAAACCUGCUCAGACAAUUCAGUGAAAAAAACAGCCAAGCACCUGUUGUCAAAAUGGAAGAAACUCUACAGUCACCCCUAUCACAUCUCAAAGGAGAAUGGAAGUGAAGAAGAAUUCACUGUCAUUGGAGAGAGUAUGCUGGCUGAUAAAGCGUGUCUGGCAGACAGAGGUGGCCUAGCUGCUGGUGCUGGUGAUGCUAGUAAACCAGUGGAGUUGGGUGUGUCUUGUGAACAUGUGGUUUUUCAUACUGGGUCAGAGGACAGAACACUCACAAAUGGGACCAAGUGUGGGAGAGCUAAGGGAGAAGGGGUGACAUCGUGGCAGGCAGCUGGUGAUUCGUCUUCGGGGUCAAUUUUGCCCACCCUCUCAAAGCAGUCAGAAACUCCUGCCACCACUUCCCUGGGUAACCCUCCCCUCUGUAAGGAUUCCUCUGAUUUGGGUUUGAGGACAAAGUGCAUCCAGCUCCUCCUUGGAGCCCUCGAUCCAGAAACUUCCAAGGAAGCAGAGGGGAAGACUGCAGAUCUGGCCCGCGUCAUAGAGGUGCACAUCCAUGCGCUGCACCGUGUAAACCAGGCCAAAUACAAGGCCUGCAUCAGGAGUAAGGUGGCCAACCUAAGGAACCCCAAAAACGGCCACCUUCGGUGUGGUCUCCUGGGCGGCAGCCUGGGGCCGGAAGUCUUCGCCGGGAUGUCUGUGGAGGAGAUGGCCAACGAGGAGCUCCAGCAGCUGAGGGAGGAGUACUCAUCGCGGGGGGUGAGCGAGAGGCAGCUACCCCAGGGGGUGGAGGGGACGCCCACCCAGAAGCUGCGGUGCAGGCGGUGCGAGGGGUCGGACUGCAGAGUGACGCAGGUGUCCCGGGGCACUCUGUUUCUGCCAGCGUGGGUCCGCCAGGCCACCGCAGACCAGGAUGCCAUGACCUUUGUGACCUGUAGCAAGUGUGGGGAGCAGUGGUACCACAGCGGCUGGGUGUGCCUCUGAUAGGCCAUCCUGACCACACUACAUGUAAAAUGCCUGCUUUGUUUUUGUCGAGAUUCUGUUGAAAUGGCUUUACCCUAUCAAACUGAAUAAUGCCAUGUUUUAAUCACAGAAAUAAAGGGACAUUUUACCACAUGAUUAUGCCUUACAUUGUCAUUAAACUUGCUGUGCUACAUACUGUAAUACAAA